AUGGCAUUAUCUUCAAAAAAGAAACUUUUUUCAUUAUUCACCCCGCCACCAAUGUCGCCAAUUUUAUCACCUAUAGGCAUUAACAGUAACGGAACAAUGAUAUCUAACUAUUUUCCUACAAUAGAAACCUUGGAAGAUAGACAGCUUCAACAACCUACUCUUGAAGAUAUUCGUAAAGCUGGAGAAAACUUUGAGCGACUUGUUGCAGCUGCUGAAGCUUAUCGUGAUCUAACAAUAAAGAUUGGCAAAGCAUCUAAAACUCUCAGUAAAGCGUUAAAAGAUUAUGGGAAUAGUAAAGGAAUGGAUAAUAUUCAUGUUAUGUGUCUUCAAACUUCUUCACAAUUUUAUGAACAAAAUUCAGAAGUUCAAAAUAAAUUGAACAAAGUUUUGCAAAAAGAUUUUGAUAGCCUUCAGAAAGUUUCGGAAAAAUAUUUCAAAAAAACAACUAAAGAAGAAAAGUUACACAAUGAGCAUCUUAAUGAGUUGGAUAAGCAAGUAAAAAAGAUUGGAAAAGAUUAUGAGAAAAAAUCUAAAAAAGAUAGUAAAUCUUCGUUGGAGUCUCAUGAUAAAUAUAUAUCAUCAUUAACAACUGUCGGAUCUGAUAUUGCAAGAGCUAGAGCUGAAUACAUGAAUCAAGCAAUUAGACGUGAAAGAAGCACGCAUUGUGUCAUUUCUCAAAUAAUUUGUAAAAUAGCUGAAGGAAAUUUUGCAUAUUUUAAUGAUUCAUUGAAGAAGUGUGGUCCAUUUAUUUCAAAGAUGAAAGAAUGGGUUCCAUUUGCUGGCGAGGAUAUGCCACAACCUCUUGAUUUGGAUAGUUUUUUGGAGGAUCAAGCACUCAGAUCAGAUGAUAAUUCCAUAAAUUCCGAUAAAACAUUACCAGAACCAUAUCCCAACAUUUCAGAGAAAAAGUCAUCAUCAACGCCAAAUUUACUAAAUUACAUUAAUAAUAAUUCACAAUUAUCAUUUUAUUCAUCACCUAAUUCACUACCGCCACUACCACAAUUUACAGUAGAACCUAAUGAGAUAGAACCUAUUAAAAAAGAGAAAUCAUCAUCUGGUUUAUUAUCAAAUUUCUCAAUCGGCGUUCAUUUAAAUGAUAGUCCUUUUUUACGUAAUGAGAAAGUUAUCGAAGUUAAACCUGCUGAAGUUUUCAGCGAAAAAGUUUUUACAAAACCUAUUUUUGAAAAUAUUGAGGAUCUAAAGAAUAAUGCCGAUGAUGACGACAACGAUGGUCAUGGCGACGACAAUAAUGUUGAUAAUAUUGAUAAUAUUGAUGACGAUAAAAGUCAAAAAAAUGAAUCAGUAAAGCUAAAUAAUUUUAAUUCUACUAUUACCGCUGAUGUUGGUGUUGGUGUGAAGAGUACUUUUGACAAAGAUUCUCCAAAGUUGAAUAGUGAAAAUAAAACCUCUAUUAUAGAUAAUAGUAAUAAUAAAAGUAAAACACCAAUUAUCUCUAAAAAAAUUUCAGAUGAUGAAUAUUUAAUUGUAUCUAAAAAAUCACUUGGGUAUAACCAAGCAAUUAUUUCACAUGAAAAUAUUCAGACUUCACAACCACCACAAAAAAUGCCAACAAAAGAUGAAUAUCAAAUAAUUGAUGCAGAUAAACAUCUUAUUAUGCAACAGAAAUUAAGAAAUUCUCCACCAUCGAAUAAUUUAUCGGAAAAAUAUGAAGGUCGUAAUGAUGAAGCUAUCCAAGAAAUUUACCAUUCAAAGAGUUUACAUUAUGCAAAUCAUAAUAUCAAUAAUGCUAACAAUAAUAUCGAUGAUCCGGAUGUAAUUUAUUCAGAUUAUCAACAACAACAAAAAAAUUACAAUUUCACUCGUGAAAGAUCAACACCUCGUGAUGAUUAUGAAGUGUAUACAGCAAGAAAAUCUUAUUCUACCACUCCAUUACCAAUUAAUAAACGUGGUAAUUCAGUUGCUGAUAUCAAAGAACGGUUCAUGACGAAACAUAAUAGUAUUGAUAGCAAUAGAUCUUCUUCACCGCCAAUUCGUGAUUUACCAAGAUCUAUAUCAGGCAGAGUUAGUGAUAUAAAAUCAAAACUUGGGGAUGAGAGAAAUCGAUCAACGAAUCCUUCUUAUCUCCAAUUACCAAAAUCAAAUCGUGGUGGAGAUUACCAUCGUAAUAACAUGAGUUAUAAUGAUAUUAAUAACAACAAUUUUUACAGUGAUGAUUUGAAGAAAUUUUGA